UCAUAAGAUUACAAUUGAACAAGUAAAAAGUGCCUAGUUGACUCUGUUUAGGUUCUAAAGUAUCGUAACAACAAAUCAAAUGACUCAAAUUACUUAAACCAAACCAUAAAAUCUGACGGGAAAAAGCCAUUUGAUUACAGGAAAUAAAGCACAGUCUUCAGGAAGGACAAGCAGAGUUGUGUCACGAAAAGCGCUGAGCAAAGAUAGAGUGAUGAACAACCAUUCUUUUGUUGGAGCGCCAAUGACUGCAACGAAUCAAAAGCAUGCGGAGAAAUUUAGGAUGACCAAACUUGAGCAAUUUAUUGAUCCAAAUUCCAAAUUGAACAAUUCAAAUAUCAUGAAUAUAGUUUCACCUUGUAAGGAGAAAAUGGGUUUCCAUAUCACUGAUUUGCUUUCUUCAAAGAACAGAAGCGUCAAAUCUCAAAGAAGACAUAUCAGCGAAGAAGAAAAGAUGAAGAACUCUACAAUGUUUGAAAAGUGGUCUUCCCAAGGUAGCCAGGUUCACCAGCAUACUGCUCCUAUGAACAAUACUCUCAGAGACAACCGCUUUAUGAUCAAGAAUUUUAAGAUUGUAAAUAAGUCCGAAAAUGAUAUGAACAGCACGCAUAAAUUUAGAAAGCCCAUCACUGCUGCUCCUAUGGCUCUUGAUAAAUAAGAAGGCUACUGAGAUCAAGAAAAUAGCUACUGGGAAUUUUAACCGGGAAAGAGCAAAUACGACACAAUAUUCUUUCAAAGGCAUGAGAUCCCCUAAUCCUCUUCCUGUGCAAAACAGCUUGCUUACUUCAAACGAAAAGGAGCGAUUGCAAGAUAUUCAGCCACUGAGGAGCCAUUUUGAACAGAUGUUUGAAGAGACACAUUACAUGUAUCCUAAAAAAAACAAGCCUAAAAUCCAAGCUAUUGAGGAAGAAAAAGAAGAACUUGAGAGUAGACGUCUAAAAAGAGAGGCUGACCAGCUACAUCUCCAAGACCUCCGCACAAAUGCAGAACUUCUUCCUCUAGGUCCUGGUGCUACCAAAGAGGAUAAUGCAAACAAAGCAGAGCUGGAUUUCCUCCUACAGAAGUCAUUGAAAUAUCGUAAAGAAAAGUUUACUCCAAAAACCUUAAGUCCCGAAAUUGUUUGUAUGCAGACCUGGUUGAUGAAUGACCCAAACAGCCUGCAGUAUUUCAAGGAUUACGAAGAUGAAGAUAUGACUACUAAUAUGAUCUUAAACACUAGGAAUUGUAAAGACAUCUACCCAGAUGAGAUCAAAGAUGCUGAGAUAGAUAUUUAUCUUAGAAAUAGGAAGAAUAUACCCCAAUAUGAACUUCUUCAGUACAUGCAGUUUAGUUCUUAUGAUGCUGACUCAAAAACAAAGGAUUCUAACAGUAUUAAAGAUGGAAAUGAGCAAGAUGAUGAUACAUUCGAUCUCAAUAUUGACUGUGCAAAUCCAUUGACUAAUACAAUACUUUUGCUGAGUUUUAAGCUAAAAUGAGAGUUUUUGAGCCACGUCACUCCAGAUUUUGCUUCUCCAGAGCACCUCCCUCACUCUAUCUUCGAUGACUGAAGUAAUGAAAUAGAUAAGAUUUUGGGUAUAAUUGAAGAAAAGAAAAAUAAAGAUGAUUUCCUCUGGGCAAUCUCCCCAUAUAUCAAUGAAGAUGGAACUAUGACUGACUGCAAGGUAAAGGUCCUUUCGUACGAUUUUGACCGUGGAGAGUUCUUAAUAGAAUUUGAUGAUAAGUACAAGCAUUCUGAGCUAAGAGGUUAUGAUUUUCAGCUACACAAAGACCUCUCUAAAAUUUCUAAGCUAAGAAAAUACUGCUGCCGCUCAAACCUUCAAAUGGAGUAUGAAGACUCCUCAGAAGCUGCUGCUCGGAAAGAUAUGGUUGCUAGAAGAAGACACGAGGCUCAGAACCAACUUAAUUGUGAGAAAGCUUUCAUUAACGAGCUUGCUAAUAAAUAUGAUUAUGUCAAAAUGGAUCGUAGAAUAAAAGAAAAUAUCAAAAGGAAACUCUUAUUUGACUUGAACACAUUUGAACCACAUUCCUAUGUAAGCAACCUGUGCAUUCAGGUUGAGACUUUAUAUAUCUUUUCAAUUCUAAAAAGUGUCCUAUUUACACAAUAUAUGGAUGAGAAUAUUCAAAAGAUAAUGACAAGAUACAGGAUCUAUGAGAUCCCAAAGCCACCUCCUCCCUUCUAUGGCCUCAAGAGCUACGAAAUCAAUGGAGGCCCUGUUGAGAAAAUGCUCCAGAUGAACCAGGGAUUUGGAAUAUCUAGAAGCGAUGCUGGGAUAAUCCUCAAGCAGUACUCCUUACUAGGAAGACAAUGAUAUAUCAACGCAAUCUUGGAUAUCAAUGUCAUAAAUGAUUUUGUGCUUAAUGGGGAGCUUUUCUGCCAUCCUCUUAGUUACGAAGUAAUGUUCCCUGUACUCAAGAACGAUCCAGACUUCAAAGGAGUAGCAUUUGACGAAAUUGAUAAAAUGAUCAACCAUUUUCCAAUUGAGCUGAGUGACUAUAUUAAAGUGUGGCAAGCAGUCAACAACUCAUUCAAAAAGAGCGUGAUUAAGUCUAAAUGGGCAGGAGGAAUCACUAAAAUUGUAGAAGAUGUGAUAUAUAAGCAGUUUGAUACCAAAAUGAUCAUUGACGACCUCAAAAAUAACAGUCUGAAUCCUUUCAUUAUCAAGCUGCUUGAAGUAUGAAGACUCAGGAUGGAAACCCAAUUAGCUGAAAAGUAUUUUGAUACAUUGGAGAUUUACCUUCGGACACUCGUCAGGUUCGUAGCAAGAGACACUGACUUUUAUGAGAAUAAUCCCCAGUACCUUGAGCAAGGGAUUGAUGAGUUCGACAAAGAUAUUCACUUUGACAAGCCAAUGAUCAAGACUGUUGUUAAAAUAAAGAAGUACAGAGAUAAAGAAGAGGGUGGAUCUAAAUACAUGAUUUACUCCAAACCUUCAUUAAUGGGAAUUUGAAAAGACCUGUUCAACUUCACUAACUUAUUUCUGAACACCUUAAGUGGUAUCAAAAGAAUUGAUGAAGAUAUUUUCCCCCAAAUAGAGCUGAAUAAGAAUAUUCUAAGAUCUCCUGACCAAAAGGUUGACCAGAAGUUAGUGUUAAUAGCUUCUUGUAUAAACUAUGCUAAAGAGAAGCCUCAAGAGCAGAUAAAAUCUAUGAAAAAGUACACAAGUUUCUUUGAAAUCACCCCUGAUUCCAUGAUUCUUAGUAUGAAGAAGAGAUCUUAUGAGAAAUACGAUGCAAGUGUAUCAGACUCUGAAGAAUCCUCUAAGAGAAAUAACUCAAUAGAAGAAGCUGAAGGAGAAAUGUCAGAUGAAAUUAUCUCUGAAGAUAAUGAGGAUGCUUACAAAAAUAUUGACAUCACAAAUGAAGUUUACAUCGAAGAAUUUUCAAAUCUUCGAGGUGCAUACUGGGACGUUCAAAGAUAUGUUCAGAGAUACUAUGAUUUCGGAUUAAUCCAAAUGGACUGCACAGUCUUUUUAAAGAACAUUCUUAAACAUCUAGAUAAGCUGAUCAAGCAUCUGACGCAGCACUUAAGAAAUGAUGCAAGAGUGACUCAUAUUCUGUUGCAAUACGAAGCCAUUGAGCAGCGAGUUUCUUCAGAUAGCAACUCUAUUGACGAAGUAAUAUACUUGAUUGAGUAUAUUGACAACAUCAGAAGACCAGGGAAGAAAUUGGAAGAACUCCAGAACAAGAUAGAUCAAGCCAAGCAGAGAAAAGACUUCCUAGAUGACCUUUACAUCGACCUGAGUGAAGAAGAUUUCUCCAAUUACCUCAAACUUCUGGUGUACCCUAGGAAUUUAGAGAAACUGCUGGAUAAGAGAAGAGCCGAACUUGAAAGCGAGAGAUCAAGACUCUCUAAAAUGAUGAACCAGGAUAUCCAACAGGUUAACAAUACUAUCAAGAUCCUUAAGAAGGAACUAGAGGACUUCAGGGAUGUUGGGAUGUACUUUAGGGAUAAGAAACAACUCAAGGAGCUCAACCAGAAAAUUUCUGAUGGAUCUUUAGAAAUUACAGGAUUUUCAAGAGAUUUUGCCUCAAAGAUCCAAUCAGGUGCCAACUCUUCAGUAAAAUCAGGAGAGAAAAAUGAGCCAAAAUAAGGCCGAGAAUGAAGUAAAGAAAUGAGAAGUUUUUGGAGAUUUUGAUGCACUCCAUAUUGAGUCAAAUUCGAUUAAGAUGGACAAACUUAAAGAGAAAAUUGAUGAAUGCCAGCAAAAUUGAGAUGUUAUCAAUAAGAGACAGAAUUUACUUUCCCUUCCAGUGACUAAAUUCACUGAUGCUUAUAAACUCCAGUCUGACGUCAAGUCAUUUGUAAAGCUUUGGACCAUCGCAGAGAAGUUUAGAGAGGCUUUCCCAAUUUGGAUAGAUGGAAACUUUGAAGUCCUUGAUGCUGAAGAAAUGGAAGAGAAUAUAGUAAACUGGUGGAAAUCACUCAAUAGAUUGAGUAAAAGUAAAAUUUCUGAAUACUUUCACCCGAUGAACUUGUUGAACUAUCUUAAAAACAAAUUAGAUGAAUUCAAAGAGUAUCUUCCGAUGGUUAUAGCUUUGAGGACGAAAGGGAUCACAGAAAGGCACUGGACUAUCUUAUCGAGAAUGUUCAAUAUUCAGUUAGACCCAACUACAAUAACUGUUCGAAGUUUACUGAACCACAAACUUUAUGAAGCUGAUAAACUUUCAAACAUUAAAGGGGUAAGCGACAUUGCAGUGAAGGAGUAUGCCAUUCAAACUACUCUCGAAAACCUUGAAAAUGAGAUCAAGCAAGCUGAAUUUUCAUACUUGAAGUACAAAGAUACCAACACCCAUAUUUUGAGAGGAAUUGAUGAACUUGUCAGCCAGUUUGAUGAAUUCUCUAUUAAAAUAGCCGCUCUCAGAGCCAACCAGCUUUCCAAGAAUUUCAACGGGAGAGUAUCAAAAGUAGAGAAAGAUAUCAAAAUAGUUGAAGAUGUUCUUGAAGAAUGGGCUAAGGCUCAGAAAUCUUGGAUAUAUCUCGAGUCAAUAUUCCAGUCUGAGGAUAUUUCAAAGCAAAUGCCACAGGAAUCUCAGAGUUUCCAAUCCUUAGACACCUUCUACAGGCAAUCAAUGAGAAGUAUUGUAUACGAUCCGAGUGUUAUCAGAAUAGCCAAGAGAGAUGGCUUAUACUUCCAACUUAUGAAAAUAAACUCUCAUUUCGAGAUCAUCUCGAGAGGACUUUCAAUUUACCUUGAAGCAAAGCGAGAGUUCUUCUCUCGGUUCUAUUUCCUCUCAAAUGAAGAAAUUAUUGAAAUUCUUGGUCAAAUGAGAGAGCCGAGAAAUAUCCAGAGAUUCUUGGGCAAAAUCUUUGAAGGAAUAGAUAAUCUCUCCUUUCAAGCAACAGGAGAAAUCACCGCUAUGCAUUCAAAGGAAGGGGAAACAGUCGACCUCGUUGAAACAGUUAUCCCAAAUGAUAGUGCAGAAAGCUGGUUGAAGAACUUAGAAUCUGCAAUGAAAAAGACCAUCCGAGCAAUAAUCCACGAGACUUUGCAAGACCGAGUAGGUGGAAAAGCUUACCAAGAAUGGGUUGUAUCCUGGCCAGGUCAGGUUAUACUAGUCGUCACUAGUAUUCUUUUCACCAAAAAUAUUAAGGAAGUUAUGGAUGCUAACAAUCUACAGAGAUUGAAACAAUUGCAUCAAAAGAUAGUCAAUGAGAUAGAUGUUCUUAUAACAAUGGUCAGGUCUAAGAUAGAUGAUGUUCUUAGAACAACAAUGAGUUCUUUGAUUACUUCAAGAGUGCAUGACAGAGACCAGAUUGCCCAAAUAAUGGCAGAAUGCAACAGUUUAUCUGACCUCAAAGCUGACUUUACCUACCAAAUGAUGAUCAAGUAUUCUUAUGAACCUGAAGAAUUAGAAAAACCUCCUGUAGAAGAAACAAAGGAAGAGGAUAAUAGUUCUGAAGAUUCAGUUAAAAGUGAAAUGGAAGUCAGACUUAGUAAACAGGAGGAAGACAAAGAACCUCCCAAGAAUGAAUCUGUUCAAAAAUUUAACCAUAUUAAGGUUAUCUUGUUGCAUGCAGUUAGAAAUUAUGGAUAUGAAUACCUUGGAAAUACACCAAGAUUAGUUAUAACCCCACUCACAGAUAGAUGACAUAGAUCUUUGUUUAUGGCACUUCAUUAUGGAUAUGGAGGAUCCCCUGAAGGGCCUGUUGGCACAGGAAAGACUGAAACAACAAAAGAUUUAGCAAAGUUAUUAGCCAAACAUUGUUUCUUAUUUAAUUGUUCAGGAACACUCAACUUUGCAGCUAUGACUAAAUUCUUCAAAGGACUUGCUUCAAGUGGAGCAUGGAGUUGUUUCGAUGAAUUUAACAGAAUAUCUCUUAUAGUUCUUUCCGUAAUUUCCCAAAUCAUUAUUCAAAUCCAAGGUGCUAUCAGAGAGAACCUCAAAGAAAUUACAAUUGAAGAAACUCACAUAAACUUUAACAACGAAUGAGCAAUCUUCAUCACAAUGAAUCCGAUGUACAAAGGAAGAACUCAGCUUCCAGAUAACCUAAAAUCCCUGUUCAGGCCUGUAUCAAUGAUUGUGCCUGACUCUUUACUCAUCUCAGAGAUUCUUCUCUACAGCUAUGGUUUCCAUGAAGCAAAAUCUCUAGCGCAGAAAAUAGUGUACACAUUCUACUUAGCUAAACAGCAGCUAUCGCAACAGGUUCAUUAUGACUUUGGUCUCAGAGCAAUCAAAAUAAUCCUCUCAUCAGCUGGAGUCCUCAAGCUCAAAGCUUCUGGAAUUGUUGACCUAGGGACUAAAUUUACUGAAGAUCUCAAAGAAGACAUUAACGAGAAGGAAAAGAGGCUUGAAAGCACUGACAUAGAAGGUAUUAAUGACAACAAAUCUCGCUCAAGAGAUAACUUCCAGAUUUUAUCCAGAGCCACCAAGAGCUCUAAGAAGAUGAAGAAGUCCUUCCUCAGAAAACAGACCACUCGGCUUCAGAAGGAAAUAAAGAAAGCUGAAGAAGCAGCGAAAGAAAUUAAGAAAAAGGAAACUCCCUCUCCUAUUCAAGAGGAAAAACCAGCUGAACUUAGUGCCUCAGAGGAGGGAGAGAGAGAAGGUAAGGACAGCAUCAAGAGUUCAGAUGAAAUCUCAGAGAUUGAUGAGAAGGACAAGUCGAAAACUAAUCACCAAGAAAGCACCUCUGUGAAUAAAUCUAAGGGCCAUAAAUCUUUAAUUAAUUCAAAAAUAGACCUAGCUUCUGAUAAACUCAGGAGUAAAGGAAGGGCAAUAGAGCAACUUAUAGAUGAGCUCGGAAUAGAAUCAGCAGAUCUGAUCUCAGACGAUAAGAAGAUCGAAGAGUUUAUCGUGCUAAGAGCCAUAAAAGAUACGAACCUACCCAAAUUUCAUGAUACAGAUACUUUGAUUUUCGAGAGUAUCUGAAGAGAUAUUUUCCAUAACCCCAUGAAAGCCAAAAAUAAACACACCACUUUGAAGAAGCUCAUCGAAAGUGUAUUAAUUGAUAAAGGAUUCCAAGUUACUGAAGAGAUAGUUUCAAGAAUAAUAUAUCUCUACCAGACUAUUACAAUGCGGCAUGGAAUUAUGGUCGUUGGAGCUACCUUGUCAGGCAAAACCACUACUAUCAGCACUCUGGAAGAAACCCUUAAAAGAAGCAGGGAUAAUGAAAUCCAAGAACGGACUGUUCUUUAUAAAAUGCAAAAGGCUAAGCUUUUAGGCAAGAAGCAUUCUAAGAAAGGUAAAAGUACGAAGCAAGAUAAAAAUAUACUAGAUGAAAUUAAACUUACUCCUGAUGACUUGAAGAUAAUCCAAUCAAAAUGUAAAUAAUGAGGGAGUUGAAACCUUCUAUAUUAAUCCAAAAAGUAUCACUAUUGAUCAACUCAUGGGUAAUUUCGAUGAGACUUCUCAUGAUUGGGUCGAUGGAAUCCUGGCGUACUUGAUGAGAGAGUGAGCACUCGAUACCUCUAAUAAGAGGAAAUGGAUUGUAUUUGAUGGCCCAAUUGAUCCUAUUUGGGUAGAGAAUCUCAACUCUGUCCUUGAUGAUAAUAAGAAACUCACUUUGAAUACUGGAGAAACUAUUAAGCUAUCUCCAUCAAUGAAUAUCUUGAUAGAAGCUGAGAACUUAAUGUCAUGCACUCCAGCAACAAUUUCCAGAUGAGGAAUGAUCUAUAUGCAGGAAGAGCAAAUUUUGAACAAGGGAUUAUUCAACAAGUGGUUAAAGUCUCUCCCUCCAGUUUUAGAAGAAAACUUAUUUGAAAUUGAGAAUAUGUGCCACUGGUUCUUCCCAGACAUUCUCAAGCUGAUAAAACCAAACACUAUGAUUUACUCCUGCUCUCACAAAUGGUUGAUUUUGAAUUUCACUAGGCUAUUUGAUUCCCUAAUUAACGACUAUUUCAGGGAAGAGCUGUAUAGUAACCCGAACCAAGAGACUUAUAAUUUAUUCGGUGGUUCAAAGGAUAAUUUAAAAGUUACUAAGGUUGAAAAGCAAACAAAUAUUCCUCCAACAAUUUUUGCUGACAUUGAAACAAGAUUCCUUAAUUCUGUGAAUUACAAGAACCUCUGGAUCGAGGCAUUCUUCAUAUUCUCUAUGGUCUGGGCAUUUGGGUAUAUUCUAAAACCUCAUGUACUCAAAGAGUUCAACAGAAUCAUUAAACGGAAGAUUUCUGGUAACAUUGACCAGAUCUCUACAGUGAACCAGCUUAGGAAUAAAUUAAAAGAGCAGCAGAAUAUGAAGAGAUAUCAUGAGUUUGAGCCAAGUCCUGACUUUAUUGAACUUCCUAAGCCCCCUUAUUUCUUGAUUCCUUUCCCUCAAGAACACUCUGUAUUUGACAUAGUAUUCGAUCUCGAAACAAACGCUUGGAGCACUUGGGAAGCCAUGAAGAUAAACUUCCCCAAAGGUGUGGAUAAUGAGUUGAACAAGAAUACAAGUUUCUACAACGUAUUCAUUUCAAGUGAAGAGUCUAUCAAGUAUAACUAUGUGAUAUCAGCAAAUAUUCUUGCGAACAAGUCAAUUUUGCUGAUCGGGCCGACAGGAACUGGAAAGUCAUGGAUAGCCAGAGAUGUGUGAUUCAACUACCUUCCCAAAGUCUCUCAAAAUUUUAGAGUAGCUAGUGUCUCUUUCUCACAUAAUACUGAUGCAAGGAAAGCUCAAAACUUCUUUGAUUCAAGACUGGACAAGAGAAGCAAGAAAACUUAUGGACCACCUUUUGGAAUCAAAUAUGUAUUUUACAUUGAUGACUUGAUGAUGCCAUCUACUGAUGAGUAUGGAGUCAAAUCUGCCAAUGAGCUAAUCCGGCAAUGGUUUGAUUAUGGAGGGUGGUACGAUGAAAUUGCUCCAGAGAGAAGAAAAAUUGAAGAUAUCCAGUUUGUCGGAUGCAUUACUACUUAUGAAAAUCACAAAAAUGUUUUAAGCAACAGAAAUGAAUGGCAUUGGUCAUUUUUAGGUGUUCAGCCCAACGACAAGAUGUACUCUGAGACUCUUUCUCAAAUCAUCGACAUGAUUUCGAUAAAUUGGAAUGGGUCAUUACAUACAGCUUUGACUUCUACGAUAAGAGCUUCUAUAGAUCUUUUACAUGUGAUUGAGAAGAAUAUCAAGCCGACUCCAGCGAAAUACAUGAAUAUCUUCAACCCAAGACACUUGUAUAAAGUAAUAUAUGGCCUUGCUGAUUGCGACCCCUCAUACUUAGAAGAGGAAAUCCAUGUUGUCAAACUCUGGCUCAACGAAUGUCUCAGGAAUUAUUACGAGCGCUUCCAAGAUACCACUGACAAAAAGUGGUUGUUUAGUAAAAUCAAUGAGAUCGCCAGGAGAUAUUUUUAUAAUUUAGGGUAAAUCAGGGCCUAUUGCAAACCCAGAUGAACUCUUGUUCUGUACUUUCA